AUGGCUGUACCCGUUAUUUUACUGCUUUUGGCCCUCUCUCUGUGUACUGGUGUCACCAGUCAGCAAAACAAUGAUCUGUCCACUCUCGUAUCGAUGGUUCAGAGUCUGCAGCAGCAGAUGAACGUCAUGCAGACAGCUAUCGACAGCGGUGCCAAGUGUAAUGGAGUGAAGGUCGACCCACGUAACUGUAAGGAUGUUCUGGAGUCUGGAAGAAAUACAUCUGGCAAGUAUCUAGUAUACCCCCCAACCUUGCAGGGCGUGGCACUUCCGGUUAUGUGUGACAUGGAGGAUGACAACGGUGGAUGGCUAAUAAUACAGACGAGACAGGAUGGCAGCGAAAAUUUUUUCCGUAGUUGGAAAGACUAUGAAGAUGGCUUCGGUAAUCUUACAUCCGAACAUUGGCUUGGAAACAAGAACAUCCACGCCCUGACUGCCAGUGGUUUGUAUGAACUGCGAGUGGUCCUCGAGGAUUUUCAAGGGAACCGGAAGGUGGCCAACUAUCGCUCGUUCUCUGUCGGUGAUGCUUCGUCAAAAUAUCGUCUGUCCAUUGACGGGUACUCCGGGGACGCAGGUGAUUCCUUAAAGUUUGACCACGAUGGUCAUGCCUUCUCCACGGCAGACGCUGACAAUGAUGGUGCUCAGUCUGUCAACUGUGCGCAGACGCACUCCGGGGGUUAUUGGUACAGUGACUGUUUCAAAUCCAACAUCAACGGCAAGUAUGGUGUCAAAGCAGAGACUGGUAUUAUCUGGGGAUCGUUCAAAAACUGGGAGUUGUACGUACUAAAGAAGACGGAAAUGAAAAUUAGACCAGUUCCGGUUUAA